GGUUACUGUUUUCAUGCACUCAGGAAUGCUGAUUCACUGCGCUCUCUCGGGGGAGUAUAAGUACGAGAGACCAGAAUAGUUUAACUAGAGGCGUCCUCAGAAGUGCUUGGAAGAAACCUGCGGCAGUGUUGUGAAGAGGCAAACAAGCAUUCAAAGCCAUGGCACCGCGGAUAAGACCGAGUCUUUCAAAGCCUCUCCCAACCAUACGUGAAACUCAUGAGGAAGCGAUGGAAGAUUCAACGAGGAACUUGAAGCUUGCUGGAGGCACUGCAGCCAGGCCAGAUUCGUAUUCCAGCGAUGAUUACAUUCAAUCUAUCUGCCACCUCGCCAGACCCACCUUCCCGGCUCUUCCUGAAAGCAGCCACAAGGUUCAGGACAGAAAAAGCCUGAAGAUCCUUGAAGACAGAUCAUGGUCUCCGUUCCUUGGGGAGACAAAGCAAGAAUUGUCAAAAUGUAAGUUGACCAAUUUAAUGUCUAAUGUGGUGCCACCGGGAAAAGUCACACCUGCAGAAGCCGACAUCUGGUCCAGCGCGGACCCCCUGGCACAGAUCUACACCCAUACAGGAAAGCUCUGCCCCUCCAAGGCUUCUUUGUAUGGCAAAAGCUCCAGCACAGGUUACUCACAGUGCAACUCUAACCCCUCAAACAGUGAACUUCAUCCCCCAACCACAAAAGAAGCCACAGGAAAACCCAGUUUGCCGCGACUGUUCAGUUUUCCAAGGCUUCCCUCCCCAAGACCAGUGCAGAAAGAAGCAGUCUGCUCAGAGCUGAAGUAUCUCAGAAGAGAUGAGGGAGCAGUGUUAGGGAGUAACCACAGCCAGAAAGAAAAUGGCCCUGUGUUCAUUACCGGGGAAGAGCUAUCACCAUGCUCAGCCAGAGGGAAGCUGGUAGGAAACCCAGUCCCGCACUGUUCCGUAAGAAAGCAGAGUUGCUUGUUCAAUGCAGUGGGCACUGAUGAAAAAGAAGAGAGAGAAACUUCUCACAGUGGUAAAAAAGUAACGGGUGACGUCCACCCUAAGCAGAGAUACUCAGAGUGCUUCCGGGCAGCUAAAAAAGCCACGAUCCAUAAUUGGGUUUCAGCACACAGAUGCAUCUGGAAAGAAACAAGAGUAAAAGCUUGUUUGCUCCCAGCCAUUGCUGAAGUGUGAAAAAGUAGCUGCUCAGAAUAAUUUUAUUCGCAAGAAACAAUCACCCUGUGCUCUAGAAGCUCUCCCUGGAGUCCUUACACAGAAAACAUGGCUUGAAUGUGCAUGCAAGUCAGGCAGACAUUUGUGAGCCAUCAUAUCCCUCAUCAGUGGGCAAAGGGACAAUUCAGAGUCUCAUCCACGAAGGAAACAGCAACCGAUUCUCAUUUUGGAAGGGCAACAGUUCAUAAAGCAUGUCUAUCCCCACCCCCUAUUGCCUAGAACUGCCCCAAGCACGAAGAAGAGCUGGAACACAAACCCCAUCUGUUCUGGAGGAGAAGAGAUCUGGGGGAAUAUCAAACUAUUGCUGUUUUCCAGCAAAUGCCAAGCACCCAAACGCUGCUCACACCUGGGUACAGUUAUUCUGAAAGGAACAUUUUGACCUAUGCUUGGACAGCACUAAGCAUGCUCUGACAUAUCCAUUUAAUAGGACACCUGUUGCAGAUCACUGUGUCAACAUCAGAAUACCACUUAUAGGUCACCUGUCGAUGAAAUAGCAUAAAGAAAUAGUUUUAAAAGAAACAUGAGUAGUUUUUGAUGAGGAUUUCCUAGAGGGCAACACGGGGAAUGUUACAACUCCUCCCUGUGGGAAUAUGCCUUUUGCUUACCCUGGCACAACUCUGUUACCUUUCCUCCUUGAUUACGCUUGGCAGGAGGAGAGCUAGGAGCCCUGGGUGGGAUUGCCAUGCCAGUGCUGAGCCUGUCCUGGGGCUUCAACAACUCGCAGUGCCCGCUCUGAGAAAAUCAGCUACCGCUGUGGUCUCUGCGCUGUCACACCCGCACCAGGCAGGCUGCACACCACGAGCAACCAGCGUUGGCUGCUCGGGUGCAGGAGCCUCACGGGCUCACACAGGCUGUGCAGGCUCAGCAGCGGGACGAAGAGCGGCUUUGGCUGAAGGGCAGCCUGGGAAUGCUGGGCUGGCAUUCAUGGACCUGAAUGUAAAAUAAGCAUUUCUGGAUUUCAGUCGGUGUAUGUGCUUCUGUAUUCUCACCUACCUGACCGUGCUAGUGAUGCUGUUCUUCGCCCGGUGCUGUGAGACUGAGACAUGAAAAAAAACACAUGUGCAUGUUACAACCAUAUAUAAAACAAUUCAGUUGAUGUUAACACUACAUGUGAUGUCUGUAGGAAGGAGUGUUCUUGCAUUGCUGUAAGAUCCUGGCAUGGUGUGGUGAGCACGCACCCAGGUCGUGCCUUGCUGCUGCGCAGAGACAUCUCCAGCCAGAGAAACUGUCUCUCGUUGGCACUUUCCUGCAGUCAGAACAAUCUCACAUACCUGCAUUUGGUACCGCAAUCUCCGCAGCCAGCCAAGAGCAGUAGGUGAGAAAACUACAAAGCAAUAUGAGCAUAAUUAUUAUUAAUGCUACUAGGAAUAAAUCUUUUGGCACAGAGGAGAGCAGAGGGACCAGGUUGUUUGUUCAACUGCAGCUAAGAUGGGAAAUACCAUUGCAAAGCUGCAAUUAUAAAAACGCUCGCAAGUGAUUUCUAAACCACUCUCGAGCAGAUUAAAUCAGAAAGCAACUUCUGCUCAGUACCAACAUGAGCGUAAAUACGCUCGAGGAUCAAAAGGUGAGCAUAUUUGAGUUUCUCAUUCUCACAUCUCUUACCUCAAAUGUUUUUUCUCCUGUUGAAACUCAUUAGCGCUAUGGAGCUGAACUGCUUCUCAUCUUUGUUUUUGAACUAACCACACAGCAAGAACAAAAAUGAAGGUGGCUCCAGCUUUUAUUAAAGCUGUUGGAGACGGCUGAAUCAAGGAAGGUGCCAGCCCACUCUGCCUUCUCCACAUCUUUCCCUUCCUCCUCAGGUUCAAGUUGGGAUUUAAGCGAUGCUUGCCCUCAUUGCCAUGCUGACAUUUUAAUUUCCCUCCAUGUGAAUAUUUAUGACACUCAUGCCUAGCAAGUCUUGUGCCACGUGCAUGUAUCACUGCUUUUGUCAGAGAAAACAAAUAAAACUGUCACAUCGAGCUGCUGUUUCCAUUACUACAAAACCGUGGUUGAUGAUUUUCAGUGCCAGGCUGGUCCACAGCACAUGGGCUUGUGAGUUGCCACCUAAACACCUUCUCCCCCCACCAGGUCUCCAACACAGACAUCUCUCCCCAUGCAAUGCCUUGCAAAGCAUUUCUGCCCUGCCAGGGUCAGUCCCUCCGUGCCCAGGACCAAAGCAAUUGCUUCUCUUAACGCCAGCCAAGCUGUGAAUCAGCAGAACCCCUGGGACAAGUGCUGUAGCUAAAAUAGUCAUUCUUAGAGUAGAGGCAAAAAAAGGACCUUCACACCUCACCCGUUUGGCAGCUGAUGCCCAACUCUGUGGCUCCUUUUCAGCUGCCGCAUGACCCUGCGAGUAUCUAAAGCCCUGAAACCCACCAACUUUUCC